GUCCGUAGGCAAAUGUGAUGCUUAUGGUGCAAGAUUACAUGAAUGUACGACUUUCUAAGUCUAUGGAGUUUUGAAUUGUCAGUGGCAAUUCAUCUUCCAACUCCCAACACCAAAAUCAGCUCACCAAUUUCUGCAACCCAACAAAAACCCUUCAAAUCAUGUAAAACAUCUCAUAUUCAUACCAAAAAAAUGGGAAAGAAGAAGAAAGAAAGAGUUCCAAACGUAUUAUGGAGACAAUUCAGAGAUAAAGCAGCUUCACUUUCCAAAACAAUUAUCUCAAUUAUCCCCAAAUUUUGCAAUUGCAAUGGAAAGGGUAAAUGCAUUCGUUGUGUUUUCGGCAAUGGUGAUGAUGAUGCUGCAAUGACGUAUUUGAUUAGACCUGAUGAUCCAAUUGAGUAUCGUAGAUUGAUGACUACUUGCUUUGUUGUUGUUCCUCAUAAUGCUCCGCCUUUUCCCCCUCUUUCUAGCUUCACUCGACAUUGGUCUCAGCUGCAGAUUGUUGAGAAGACCAUUCAAGCAUUAUUCAAUAAGGCAACUGCACCAUCUAAUGUCUUAUGCCAUGGUUAUCAGAAGUUUAAACUGAACAGCACCAUUGUAAAGGUUCUAACUAGCUGUACAUGGGAACUAGCCUUAGAAAGGGUUGGGGAUAGUAUCAUGAUUCAUCUACUUAUGCACACAUUGAUAUUUAUGUCUAUCACGUGCAAUGCACACCAACAAGUAGCGGGUCCUCUUGUCAGUCAGCUGGUUGCAAGGCUUCCCAUGCGCAUACCCCUAGAUGACUCUGGAUCUUCCAUGCAUGAAACUGAUGCAAGAUACAAGCGAAAGCGAGGAAGAGGCAAUGGAAAGAUUUCGAAGUCUGAAGAGCCUGCCAGCAAGGUGCCUUGUAGAGCUGGUCAGGAGAAUUCAUUUGGCUCAGUUGACUCUGAAAUAGUUGUCUGUCAAGGCAAAAAUUCUCCCAAAGUGAGCCCUAUGAUCUCUGAGAAAUGUUUACUUGGACAACAUGCUACUGAAGAGCAACCCAUUGAGAGGCUCAAAGUGGAGCCAAGGAAGCGUUUGAGAUUGCCAAGUUGGCAACGCCGAAAGAGACGCAAGAAAUUGGCAUUACAAGACUGCUGUACUCAGGAUCCUUCCAGGAAAAAUUUGAACGACGUGGGUGAUUUUCACAAGAAUUGCCAGCAUGGUUGGGUCAACAAUAAAGGCCAGAGUCUGGUGGUGCCUACUUCAGUUGAAAAUAAAGAUAAUCAAAAUGGUGCUGAUCUCUAUAUGGAACAAUCGGUAAGCAUAGGAACAAUCCUGUGCCCCUGUUGCUCGGUGUUUCAAUCACUGUCAAGAGUCCCUAAAGAUGCUGAAAUUACUAGGAAGUUUAUGUUCUACAAUGUGAAGUAUUCAUCAUCUCUUUUCCUAAAAAAGCAUAUCCUAUACUCCUUGAAACCUGGUUUUGCAGGUGUAAGUGAUCUUCUACUACAUAUAUUUGGUUUGCCAAAUACAAGCUCAAGAAAUUUACCAGCAUCAUGCUUCCAUAAACGUGGGCUUUGUUCACAAGGGUCUAUUUGCUUAUACCAUUCUCUCGUGAAGUUGCUUAAGGUCUUUCUUCGCAGAGCGAAGAAAUGCCACCAUAUAAGGUUAUUGGAGAAGCACUGUCCUUCUCAACCUCUUUUUCAGCUUGAUAGAGAUGGAGAUGUUGGUUCCAGUCUUGAGCCUAGAAAAAUGGAAUCAGAGAAAUCAAAUUCUAAACAAGACGUGUUUCAAGGAACUGACCAGUUGCCCAAGAGGCUUACUUGUACCGAAACAAGGGGUCACAGGAGAACAACUGAAGUCAUUCAGCGUCAAUUCGGUCUCAGCCGGCCAUAUUGCUUAAAGGAUGAAGUCGUAUCAUAUAUUUGGGCUGUUUGUCGGAAUAUAGUCCCACCUGAUCUUUUAGGAUUACCAUUAAGCCGCAGAAUCUUGCGAAGAAACAUCUCUAAAUUUAUUAAGCUGCGGAGGUUUGAGAAAUUUUCAUUAAAGCAAUGUUUGCAUAAGCUAGAAGUGUCAAAAUUUCCAUUCCUAUCAAAUAUUGAGGCUUCCAAGUGCUCUAAUGCCUUUGUCUUUAAGCCUACAAGCGAUCAAAUUUCUGUGGUAUCGUCAAAUUCACAAAACAUUGGCCAUUGUCCUUUAAAACAGAUGGUUCUGGAACGAUGGAUCUUUUGGUUCUUUUCUCAUAUUGUGGUACCCCUUGUACAGGACAAUUUUUACGUCACGGAAAGUGAGCAGGGUAAACAGAACUUGUAUUAUUAUAGGAAAUCAAUUUGGCAGAAGUUGAGUAACAGAGUUAUCACAUCGCUGAAGGAUCAGACUUACCGUUCCUUGAAUAAUGCAUCUGUAGCAGAAAUAUUAAGCAAGAGGUCAUUUGGUUUCUCAAAGGUUAGGCUUUGCCCAAAAGAAAAUGGAGCAAGACCAAUAGCGAAUCUGAAAGCAGCAUCCAGAUUUUGCAUUAAAAGAUCUCUUUCACAUGCUCAAUUGCGCAAAAAGAAGAGAAUAAAAAGAACUCAUAACAGAAAUGCCCCCUUUUUGAAGUCUGUAAAUACUGUUCUGCGCAAUUUGCAAGUCAUAUUCAAGGAUCUGAAGGUGAACGAACCGGAAAGGUGGGGCUCCACUGUUUUUUCUUAUAAUGACAUCCAUAGGAAAUUAUGUUCAUUUCUGAGGCAUUUGAAGGAAGGACAGCCAACUAUGCCUAUGGUAUACAUUGUAGUUUCAGAUGUACAAAAGGCAUUUGAUACUGUCAAGCAGGAUAAGCUUCUUUCGGUAAUUGAUGAAAUACAAAUGGCGGACAAAUAUUCCCUGCAGAAGUCCUGUGAGAUCUUCUGCAGGAAAAAGUGCCUGUGGAUUUCUGAAAAUCGAAAGUUGAUGAUUGAAGGUAACAAUAGUGGAUUGACAGAAGACAUUCCUCCUGUCCAUCAAAGGACUUGCCAGACUGUUGUUGUGAAUCAGGAGCAAGGCAUGACUGUAAGAAGGGAAGAACUUAUGUAUAAUUUGAAGGAGCAUCUGAAGAAUAAUGUGCUCAAAUUAGGUCAAUAUUAUUUUUUGCAAACUGUUGGCAUCCCUCAGGGGAGUGUUUUAUCAAGUCUGCUUUGUACACUGUACUAUGGACAUAUGGAGAGGAAUGUUAUCUUUCCCUAUCUUUCCCUAUCUGGUCAAGACAUGCCAAUUCAUGUUGACAAUGGUUCAGCUGCUCUUGUAGCUACUUCAGCUGUAUCUUUUUCCUCUCCCAAGUAUCUCUUACUCAGGUUUGUUGAUGACUUUUUGUUGGUAUCAACAUCCAAAAAACAGGCUAGUAGCUUCUUCUCCAGGUUGCGAAGAGGAUUUCAUGCCUAUAACUGUUACAUGAAUCAGGAGAAAUUCUGCAUGAAUUUUGAUUAUGGCGGUACACAUAAAGUUGAUUCAAAGAGGCUUUUAGUAGGCAGUGAUGGUGUCUCAUUUAUGCAAUGGAGUGGCUUGCUUAUCAAUAGCUGCACUUUAGAGGUUCAGGCAGACUACAGUAGGUACCUAAAUGAUCAUAUGAGUUCGACGCUGACUGUGAGCUGGCAGCAUAGACCAGGACGUCAAUUAAAGGCCAAGUUGCGUGCUUAUAUGCGGCCUAAAUGUCAUCCUAUAUUCUAUGAUACAAGUAUAAACUCACCAGCUACCAUCAGGCUAAAUGUGUACCAAGCUUUUGUGGUGUGCGCGAUGAAGUUCCAUUGUUACGUCCGUGAAUUGUCAUUCUGGUGCAAGCUUCAGCCAGGUUCCUGCCUCUCUAGUAUAGAAGGGUCAAUUAGAUAUAUGUACAGACUAAUGAAGCGAAGGAUGUAUAAAGUUAAUUACGAGCCUGACUGCAAUCAAGUACUUAAAGUAGCAAAACAAGAAGUUAUAUGGCUUGGAUUGACAGCUUAUAUUCGGGUGCUGAGCAAGAAAAAAUCACGGCAUAUAUUUUUGCUACGCCUCUUAAGAGCCAAGUUGGCGGCAAUUUCAAAUGUUCGGAUAUCAUCAGGACUGAAGUAUGCUGUUGAUGAUUCUCAUUCAUCCUUUCUGUGGAAGAUUAAGUACUAGUGACAGGAAGUUUCUUUCAAAAUUGUCUUUAAAGACACCUUUAAGGCUGUACUUCAGGUCGGCAUGUCCAACAAUCCCUAUCUAUUUUUUGGCUCUUUUGCCAAUAUUUUAGCAUAUCCUAGUCAAAUGGUCCAAACUAUUGUCUGAAAUUAAACCCUAUAUAUUGAAAUCACCAUUGUGUCAAAAAAAAAAAAAAAAAAAAAAAAAAAAAAAAAAAAAAAA